AUGAAAUUCUACGCGGUUUCUGCCCUGGUCACUCUGGGCGCCUUGACCGGCGUGGCUGCUUCGCCAGCCAAUGUGGUCUACCGACACCCAUGGAUUGUCGAGAGAGGUGACCACGAGCCUCCUCAUACUCCCCCGGAGCAUCAUACUCCUACUUGGUGGCGUCCUCCUCCACCUCACACCAAGCCUCCUCACUCGACCUUGCCCCCGACUCUGCCGCCGGUGACCACUACUCCGUGCGAGACGGACAGCGAGACGGAGCCUCCGGUGCCUACCACUACUACUCCUUGUGAGACGGAGACGGAGACUGAGCCUCCUGUCCCAACUACAACUACUCCGUGUGAGACUGAGACCGAGACCGAACCACCGGUGCCUACCACCACGCCGUGUGAGACGGAUACUACUACUGAACCUCCGGUCCCGACUACCACAACUCCAUGCGAGACGGAGACAGAAACGGAGCCUCCUGUGCCAACCACUACUACUCCAUGUGAAACCGAUACUACGACUGAGCCACCGGUUCCUUCUACCACGACUCCUUGCGAGACUGACACUACCACCGAGCCGCCAGUUCCUACCACAACCACUCCAUGCGAGACGGAGACUGAGCCCCCUGUCCCGACUACCACAACGCCCUGUGAGACGGAGACUGAGCCGCCAGUUCCCACUACUACGACGCCAUGUGAGACUGAAACGGAACCCCCGGUGCCAACUACCACAACUCCAUGUGAGACUGAAACUCCCACUGAGCCGCCGGUUACCACGACCACUCCGUGUGAGACGGAGACUGAGCCGCCUGUCCCUACCACUACUACUCCAUGCGAGACGGAGACCCCUACUGAGCCUCCUACUCCCACUACCCCCUGUGAAACUGAGACGGAGACCAAGCCUCCAGUCCAUCCGACUGAGCCUCCUGUCACGACUACGCCUUGCGAGACGGAGACUGUCCCUCCCACCAACCCUCCCGUGGAGACCACUACACCUUGCGAGACGGAGACUGUCCCUCCCACCGAGCCUCCUACUCCUACUACUCCCUGUGAGACUGAGACCGAAACCAAGCCCCCGGUCCCUCCAACUGAGCCCCCGGUGCCCCCAACUACCACUCCUUGCGAGACUGAGACUGUCCCUCCCACCAACCCUCCCGUGGAAACCACUACUCCAUGUGAGACAGAGACCGUGACUCCUCCACCAGAGACUCACACCCCUCCUCCUCCUCCCCCUCCUCCUCCUCACACCGAGACCGAGACUCUUCCUCCCCCAGAGACCCAUACUCCUCCUCCUCAGACCGAGUCUCCCCCUCCCCCUCCUCCGACUCAACCUAUUCCCAUCACCACCCCCGGAACCACCGCCGUGCCCCCAGUCCCGGGAACUACGCUGUCGACCUCCACCAAGCCGACUGGCGAGUCUCCGCACGAGCCAUCCAAGACCGAGCCCGUCUCCCCCCCUCCCGAGGCUACGACCUCGACCUCUACUACUACGCAGCCUACGGCACCCAUCUUCACUGGUGCGGCGGCCCUCAAGAGCGUCGAGUCCACUUUCGCGGGUGUGAUGGCUCUGGGUGCGAUCAUGAUUAUGAUGUAG